AAAAGAAACCACACUGAGAGACUCAGCACAGUCAAGCACAGGCUGUUUAAUAUUUCUCCUCACAAAAUCCUAAGACAAAAGAGCAGAAUGGCUCCAGACAUCAAGAUGCUUCUCUGCUUUGGACUUGCUGUUGUAUUAACAGGUGUGGGAAAGUCUGCCUUUGUUGGGAAGAGCCACAGUGGAGGAAAAGAUGACGCGGUGCUGCAGUACGUAGUUAACAACUCCCUGAGGGAGCAUCCGGUCCUCAGCAAACUCAGACUGAGGACCCUUGAAGAUGAAUGGAGCAGAAUGAUGGUGGCAGCAGAGCAAGCCCAGUUUAUGGCAAAUCUCAUUAGACUGAUUAAUGCCACAAAAGCAAUUGAAAUAGGGAUGUACACUGGAUACAAUGCUCUGAGCAUGGCUUUGGCCAUGCCGGAGAAUGGACAAGUGGUCGCUUGUGAAAUAGAAGACACCUAUGUGCAAAUAGCCAAACCCUUUUUCAAAGAGGCUGGAGUGGAAAAUAAGAUAGAUGUUCAGCAUCAAGAUGCACUUAAAACUCUGGAUGAACUGAUAGCCGCCGGAGAGGUUGGAACCUAUGAUUUUGUGUUCAUCGAUGCAGAUAAAGUCAACUAUGACAGAUACUAUGAGAAGUCUCUGGAGCUCAUAAGAACCCGUGGAAUAAUUGCUAUUGACAAUGUGCUUUGGAGUGGAAGGGUUGUGAACCCAGCACCCAACGAUACCAGUUCGCAGGCUCUAGAUGCUCUUAAUAAGAAGAUAUACAAGGACCAGAGAGUCGAACUGAGCAUGCUCACUGUGGGGGAUGGGUUGACCAUCACCAUUAAACGCUAAAAGAGGAGUUCUUGUGUAGCAAAUGGGUUGAGCUUUUGAUGAUACUAUUCAUUAUCAGAUUGUUUCAGUAAUCCUUCUCCAUGUAAAUUUUUUUAAUAAAGUCAACGCUCAUUAGUCACCACUUUUCUAGACAUGAGUGUUGUGUGAUGCUGGGAUGUAAUUAUGCUAAAAGUGUUUAAAAGUUCUUUGAACAUUAAA